GUUGAAACGAAAUAGUUAGGUGGCAUGCAUAAAACUUUGUAUAAGUAUGUGCACGCUGAAGCUAUUUGGAAACAAGACAGGUUCUUAAUCUGCUUCGUUCAACUCAAAACUAAGCCACAAAAAUACUAAUUUCUGCAGAUUAUUAGUACAUUAUCCCCUUCGAUCACGAGGAUGAAAGAAAAGUUCUCAUGCACCAUUCUCCAGAGUGAAGCUCUUACCAAGUAUCUCUUGGAAACAAGCGCCUACCCUAGAGAGCAUCAACAACUCAAGGAAUUAAGGGAGGCAAGUGUUGAGAAAUACCAGCACCGGAGUGUUAUGAAUGUUCCUGCGGACGAAGCUCAAUUUCUGUCAAUGAUUUUGAAAGUGAUGAAUGCGAAGAAAACGAUAGAAGUCGGAGUUUUUACUGGUUACUCACUUUUGGCUACGGCUCUUGCUCUCCCUGUCGAUGCCAAAGUAAUAGCCAUUGAUCCUGAUCGAGAAGCUUACGAGACAGGACGGCCAUUUUUUGAAAAGGCUGGUGUCCAACAUAAAGUGCACUUCAUUGUUUCAGAUGCCACGUCAGCUAUGAAGAAAAUUCUUGAUAAUGGAGAAGAAGGAACAUUUGAUUUUGCAUUCGUUGAUGCUGACAAGGAGAGCUAUAUAAAGUACCACGAGGAGCUGUUGAAACUAGUGAGAGUUGGAGGAAUUAUAGGAUACGACAACACCCUAUGGUCCGGAACAGUGGCAUUGGAUGAUGAAGAGCUGAGCCAAGAGUGGAAGGACCGCAUUGGCAUUAAUCGGAUCCUCCUUAGGAAAUUCAAUGCUUUCUUGGCCUCCGAUUCAAGGAUUGAGUUGGCCCAUCUUUCCGUUGGAGAUGGCCUCUCACUCUGCAGGCGCAUCAAAUAGGAGCUUUUAAUUCAAAAUUAAAGUAAUUAAUUAUCACAAAUCAUAUCUCAAUCAAGUCGUUUGCGAACAUCAACUAUUUUCACUUAAUGUUUUCUUGUAUGUUCUUUUUUCCUUUUUCUGUGUCUAAUAUUAUUAUAUAAUGAUAAACGUUUUUCUACCAAGGAUAUUAGUGGGCAGCUCUACAACUCUCAAACAAAUUGAAAUUUAA